AUGAAUGAAAAUACGCCAUUAUUAAAUAAUAGUAGCAAUGGUUCCUCCAAUGCCGAUGCUAACGGCUACAGCGCCAACCCGGAACAACUACAACAAUUACAACAAGAUAGACAUCGGAGAGGUGUAUUCAUGAAACCAAAAAUUCAUAAGGGUCCUGGUGGUGAUUAUGAUGAAUUUGAUGAGGCUUGGAUGCAGGAGCAGCGAAAAUUCAUUGAACGAGCUGGAAUGAAACCAAGCUUGAAAAAAAGGAUAAAGUUUGAUUUAGAUACUUCAAAAAAAGGAAGAUUCUGGGAAUUAUUUGAUGUUAUCAUGUCAAUGACAUUUGUCUUUUUAUAUAUUUGGAACACACAAUAUGUAAAGAUCGACCAGGACCCGAUACCAUAUCCUCGAAUUUAUCAAAAUGCAGACUUAAUUAUUGCUUGUAUUAUUUUAGUUCAAUAUCUUCCUCACAUUUGGCUUGCAGAUGAACCUCUACAAAGUUUUAUCAGUGUUUAUUCGGUGCUUACUUGGCUAUCAGUGUUUCCAGUGAUUGCAGCCUCUUUUAUAACAAUAUUUGAUGAUGAAAUUGACAAUACUUAUAUGGGAGCUGGAAUUUUGGUAGAUAAUUUAUUUGAGAAAAAAAUUUAA